CAGAUUAUGAAGCUUUUACAGUUUGAUUUAACAGAAGGAUUGAAAUCAGAACGAAGUGUUGUUAAGAUGCUUCCGACUUUUGUUUCAUCAAAUAAAACAACUAUGAAAAGCCAGACAAUAACCCUUGAUUUAGGGGGAACAGGGUUUCGUGUAUAUUUAAUCGAUUCAAACGGAGAAAUUAUUCAUGAAACGAUAGUAAAAAUUCCAGAAAAUAUCAAGAGAGGGACUGAAAAUUUAAUGUCCUUUAUUGCCAAUUCGUUAAAAAAAUUUUUCAUCAAAUACAAGUUACCUCUGAACAACAAAAUGCCUCUAGGCUUUACUUUUUCUUAUCCGUGUGUCCAUAAUGGGCUUACUUCGGCUUCACUUAUGAGAUGGACCAAGGGAUUUUCUGCUGAUGGUUUUAAAGACAAAAACAUUGUACAAAUGUUGCGUGAAGCUUGUAGUUUAGAACAAAUCCAGCUUGGCGUUAUUACUCUUAUUAAUGAUACAGUGGGCACUUUGCUCGCCUGUUCUUUGGUUAAUGGCGAUUGUUCAGUUGGCUUGGUGGUGGCUACUGGAUUUAACAUUGCUUACAUGGAGAAUGUUAAAAGUGUUCCAAAGUUAAAAAAUCAUGACAAAUUAAAAGAUUAUAAGGAAAUAUGCAUUAACACAGAAAUGGGUGCUUUUGGAGAGAACGAAACAAUUGAACCUUAUCGAACCGACUUUGACCGCCUUCUUGAUACAAAUUCAAUUAAUCCAAAGGAACAGAUUUUUGAAAAAAUGAUAUCUGCAAUGUAUUUGGGCGAAUUAAUGCGUCUCGUUGUACGUGAUUUAUUUGAAGCUGGUAUGAUUUUUAAUGGAAAACCAAAUGCGAUUUCUUUGCUUGAAGGACAAGAUUUUUUUAAAACUUCUAACAUGACUAAAAUUGCUGAAUACAACCGGAGAUAUGAAAAACGUCUUACAAAAAUUCAAAGUUUAAUAACAGUUGAUAUUUCACCCACCUUUACUGACUGCGCUGUAUUAUCUCAUGUUUCGUCAUUAAUAUUUUCUCGUUCGGAAAUGUUGACUGCUGUUGCUUCAGUUGGUGAACAAAUAAAUACACAACAAAUUAUAAUUGGCGUGGAUUUUUUUGAUUGAAAGAUGUAAAAUUAAAAGAAAUGAUACAGGUUUUGACUUUAUAAUUUAUGCAGGUCAUAUUAUUCUGCGUUCAGAAGUACAUAUUUUUAAAAAAACUUUAUCAAAAAACCAAUAAAUAACUCACCGAAUUUACUUCUGAACGCACUUAAUUAUCGAUCCACACAAACCUUAAAGAGUCUCAAAAAAACACAAAACAUAACCAGCACUAAAACAACCCAAAAAAGUUCUUUAUCCUGUUUAUACUAUAACUGUCAAUCAAUUAAAAAUAAAAUUCACGAAUUGGAUCUUGAAAUUGUCCAACAAAACCCUGAUAUUUUAUUCUUAACUGAAACAUGGAUAAAUUCUAACGAGAAUCCUCUUAUGUAUCUUAAAUCAGCUUCUCUCUUCCAAAUAAUUACUGAGAAUAUAAACCAAUCUUAUAAAAGUAGAGGCGGUGGUGUAGCUAUGCUUAUUAGAAACGGAAUAUCAUUCAGACACAUCAAAUGUAAAAAAAUUGCUGGCAUUGAUGCAUUAAUUAUUGACGUCUCUACCACUCGUUUUAAAUAUUAUAUUAGGUUAGUUUUAGUUUAUAGACCACCUUCCAUCUCUAAUCAGUCUACACAGUCCCUUAUCAAAGUUCUUCAAAAAAUUUCUGAAGGUAAUGUAGUCAUUAUAGGGGACUUUAACUUCAAUAAAUCUUAUAUAAACUGGAGUGAUCUUACAGCUAAUAAUAGUAUCGGCAAAGAAUUUUUAGAAUUUACAUUAAAUUUUCAUUAUUCAAAUCUUAUUCUCGAUCCAACCCAUUAUAAGGGUUCAAUCUUAGAUCUUUUGUUGACUAACAAUUCUAGUUGUAUUACAUCUCCCUCUUCAUCUGCUGGACUCUCUACUUCGGAUCAUUUUUCCACUAAAUUUUCGCUAAACAUACAACGGCCCAAACCAUCAGUAAAAACCUUUAGAGAUUAUAAAAAUAUUAACCUUCUAAACGCUCACAUUGCUAAGGAAUUCAAUCACCUCUAUGAUAUAUUUU